UGUGAGGCAAAGCCGGCCUUGAUCCUGGUAUACGGGAGCAACCGCUGGAUCAGCUUCUCCUCUCGCAUUCGCUGCCAGGCAAUUAGCUUGAAAGCUUAUACUACAGGCAGAUAACGUACCUACAUGGGCAGGAUCGCCGAGCCUCCACUGGCGCGCCUAAGGUACACUGGCGGACUUCAUGUUAAGAGUUUGCCAAGUCGUAGCGGACACCCAAUCCGGAAGGACAAACUACACACUUAGUCGAUCACGCUUGGCAUCUCCGGACAACACAAUCGCAAGGUUGCAGUGUAAGGAUGCUCAGAUGCUCAGGGGACCAUAGCCUGCGUAUAAGUAUAGAGUUGUUUCCCUUCCUUUUCAUCAUCAGCCAGCUCAGUCAGUCGCUUGUCUCUUCACUUCAAUCACUUUCCAAUCCUACUCCGCGUAGCCUCAUUCACUCGAAACAAUCAUCAUGCGUUUCCAAUCCAUCAUCGCAAUCGCGCUUCCUGCGCUCGUCCUUGCGGCUCCCACUCCUCAAGACCCCGACUACGAGUUCCCUGAGGAUGCUCCCGCCGACGACAUUGUUGGUGGAACCACUGCCUCUGCGGGCGAGUUCCCCUUCAUCGUCAGCCUUCAACGCAGCGGAUCCCACUUCUGCGGUGGCUCUCUGUUGGACUCUACUACCGUCAUCACUGCUGCUCACUGCUCCGUCAGCUCCGUCAUUGGCUCAGUCAGCGGUCUCCGUGUCCGCGCCGGCAGCCUGAACAAGAGCUCCGGUGGAACACUCGUUGGCGUAUCUUCCGUUACUGUCCACCCAAGCUACCGCAGCUCGGGCCAGGACUUCGAUGUCGCCAUUUGGAAGCUCUCCACUGCCGUCCCUACUAGCAGCACCAUCGGUUACGCAACUCUCCCUGCUUCCGGAUUCGACCCCGCUGCUGGAUCUACUGCAACUGUCGCCGGAUGGGGUGCCCUUACUGAGGGCGGCAGCAGUCCCAGCACUCUCUACAAGGUGUCCGUCCCGAUCGUUUCCCGCACCGAGUGCCGCUCAUCCUACGGAACCUCUGCUAUCACCAACAACAUGUUCUGCGCUGGAUACACCACUGGUGGUCGCGACUCUUGCCAGGGUGACUCUGGCGGCCCCAUUGUCAACUCCGCCAAGACUCUUAUUGGUCUCGUUUCUUGGGGUAACGGCUGUGCUCAGCCCAACUUCCCUGGUGUAUACGCUCGCACCGCCGCCCUUCUCUCCUUCAUCAACUCUGUUUAAGCGCUCGAUGAAGGGAUUUUCUUAUGAAAGAUCACUAUGACUCUCUGGGAGAGUACGAUGAUUGCGAAUGAUGACACUAGCAAUGCGCUACAUGGCUUGGAUCAUGGAUCAUGGUUUCUUAGACCCAUGCUAAGGAUACCUUUUUUUGUAAAUAUCUAUUGGUACAAAUAUGAACCCCACAUUUCAAAAA